GAAAUUUUCAGUGUUCUGUGUUUGCACGCAUACACAAAUACUGACUGAAUAUUCACUUGGCCUAGUGUCAAAGCAGCUACCUACAAAAACAACAAUUAAAGCAAAGCCUACUAGUGAGGCGAACAAAAAUCCCAAAAUCAACAGAGCAAUACAGAGUAGGAAGAGCGCUCGUAGCCGCCGUCUACGCGCUGCCAACUUUUGAUUAACGUUUCCCAAAACUUUCCACGCUUGUGCCCGUCGCAACGCCCGAAAGGCGUGUGCCCCCCAGCCGUCAAAAUUACUUACUCGAUUAUGAAGAUGAGUUCGCCACGCAUUAUGCAGCAGAAGAGAAGCAGCAAGUCCUCCAACUCGUCACGCGUCAGCAUGACGACAUCGACGGCGGAGGAGAACAUCCUGGAGUCGAAGCUCUUUAGCUGGAUGCGGGUCUUUCGCUUCGCCUCCAUGCUAGGUCGUGCCGAAUUUUAUUAAAUUUAAUUUCAACUUUUUUAAUACUACACACUACACUACUACACUAUAAAACAUAUACACACGAAGUGUUUAACUUAAGUUUAUGAACAAUUUAUUGUUUUUUUUUCGUUUCACAAUUAAGUCAAUUUUUAGUGUAAAUUCCGCGUGGCCAAAAGAGAACUUGAAAUUGUUUUAUGGCCCACUUGCGGAAUUGCUCGCGCCUUUCGUACCUUUUAUAUUAUAAUGCUAUAAUAUAUAAUAUAAAUACAUGUUGAGAAAUGUUAAAAAUACUUUCAAAUAUCAAUAAUUUGCUCUUUUUAGAUUAGUGUUUAAGUUUUGAAAACAACAAUAACAAGAACCACAACCACAACCACACAAACAAUACAAUGCAAUACGACAUACAUAUAUAUUUUUGUAAUUUACAACACUGUUUUUGCGAGUCACAAAUAUAAAGUAACGUUUAUGCAAGGCAAAAAGGCAAUAUGCAAUAUAUUAAAAACCUUAACUAAAGAGCGGUACUAACAAUAAUGCAAAUUAAUUAUAAACAUACAUACAUAUUAUAAAUAUAGAUGAAUAUAAUUAAUAAAUUAAAUAUGUAUAUGCAAAAUGCGCUUUUAAACACAACUAUUGACUCACACACACACAGGCAUACACACCCACACAACACCUAUAAUAGUUGCGUCUUUUCCCAACAACAACAACAACUACUACUACAACACGUAAUAUGAGAACUGCAUUUAAUACAAAAAAGUUGCCAAUCAAAAAGUUUGUGAAAAAAUACCAAAAGAACUCUCAGACAAAUUUCAAAUACGUUUUCAUUCACAUAUUUAAAAUAUCAAUUUAAUCCUAAUCUGUACAACCAAACAACAAUAACAACAACAACAAGAACAACUUGAUGAUGAAUUAUCAUAGAAUUUUCAAAUAAAAAUAAAUAUUUAAUUAUUAAUUAGUUGUAAGCACAACAAAGCAAAGCCAAGCAACAACAACAUGAACAAGAACAACAAAAAACCACUGUACUAGAAACAUAGCAUAUAAUAAAGAUUUAAAAGAGAAAUACGAUCGAUACUGCAAUAAUGUUGGCAUACACAUAUGAACAAAUGCAAUAAAUCGGAAUAAAUAAAUAAAGUCUUUAAGCAAGUUGAGUGUUCAAUGCAAAUAAAAAAUAACUAGAAGAA